ACUGUCACUCGCCAUUAAAAGGGCUGCCGCCGCUGCUUCUUCUUAUUACUUGGUCGUGUUUUGGGGGGGUCUUUGCGUGCUUGUCAACAUGCUGAAGACCCGCCAGUGUUUACUGGGGAUCCGCACUUUCCUCGGCGUGACGUCCAGACUAUGGGGCUUCAUCAUGUACAUCCUCAGGAAGCACCUACGAACGAUAAUCCAGUAUCAAACCGUGAGAUACGACACUUUGCCUCUGUCGCCUAUCUCCAGAAACAGACUGAAUGCAGUCAAGAGGAAGAUUCUGGUCUUGGAUCUGGACGAGACCCUUAUCCACUCUCACCACGACGGGGUCCUGAGACCCACAGUGAGACCGGGAACGCCGCCCGACUUUAUCCUCAAAGUCGUCAUCGAUAAACACCCUGUCAGAUUCUUCGUACACAAAAGGCCACACGUCGACUUCUUUUUAGAAGUGGUGAGCCAGUGGUACGAGCUGGUGGUCUUCACGGCCAGCAUGGAAAUCUACGGCUCAGCGGUGGCCGACAAGUUGGACAAUAAUAGGAACAUCCUCAGACGCAGAUACUACAGACAGCACUGUACAUUGGACCUAGGCAGUUACAUCAAAGACCUGGCAGUCGUACACGACGACCUGUCCAGUAUUGUCAUCCUGGAUAAUUCACCAGGAGCUUAUAGAAGCCAUCCAGACAAUGCAAUACCCAUCAAAUCCUGGUUUAGCGACCCUAGCGACACAGCACUUCUUAACUUGCUGCCUAUGCUUGAUGCAUUAAGGUUCACUGCUGAUGUGCGCUCCGUCCUCAGUCGAAAUCUCCACCAGCAUCGGCUCUGGUGAUUGGCCCAAUCAGAAAGAGGGGCGGGGUCUCUUUUUCUUCUUUCUUUUAAGCUCCCCCCCACCCCUCACCACCACCACCACCAUUAGCAUUGAAAAGAAAACUAUGUCAUGUAUGAACACUUUGGGAUCAGCCCAGAUGCUUUUUGAUUUCAUCCCAUGUCAGCAAAAACAUGAAAAACAGAUAACGGAGGUGCGUUUUUUUCCCACCAUGAUGAGGAAGAGGAUUCGCCAUGCAAAAAUCGACACUUUUUAUCAUUGAUUGAAUGGUGUUUGCAAAGCAUAUACAAUUACAUAUUUUUUUGCUGUUUCUGGACAAGUUUGUGGGGUUUUUUGAUGUUUUUUUUUUUUUUUUUUUUAAAUAAACUCUCCCCCAAAAAGACUCACUUUGACUGAAUGAGGGUUUGAAGGAAAAACAAUGAACUGCUGUGCCGUCUGUCACCAUAGGAACCAUCAGCAUAAUACUAUGAAACUGCACUUUUUUGGGGGGGGGAGAUUGGCCGAUUUCACUUUGCUCCGGCCCCUUUACCUUUACCGUAUUUUUGUUGUGGGGGAGGAUUUAGAGCCCACGCCUUCAGAACAAUGUCGCUCAUGUUCUUCUAUUGGCUCUGUGUUGCUAAUAUAAUAAAAAAAAAACACACACACUUGUCAGUCCCGCUUGAAUUCUUAUCAUUAUUAUUACGUCAAAACAACUGACAAACAUCCAUCUUACAAGUGGAAAAAGUAGUUGGCUGCAGUUAAAAACGAACAACACGUUUAGGCAUGCCUCAGUUUGGAAGACUGACCCACAUUUUGAAGCAUUUGUCACCAUCAUAGUGUGUAAAAACACUAAAAAUUAGGGAUGCUCCCAUCAGGGUUUUAUGCUGACGAUUCCUAUACCGAUCCCAUGGAUUAACCCUAGAUUUUUCAAUUUAGUUAUGAUGAGUGGUGUUGGCCAGUUAGACAAAUCCAAAUUAUUACAAAAAUCAUUGGACAGAUUGUCUUUUUUUUUUGUAUUACUUGACAUAAACCUGAAUUUAAUUUGAUGCAUGUUUUACACGGGAAAUAAAUUGUUCAAUAAUUAGUUUUUUAGUUCACGAUAAUCAAAAUGAACAGAAUUUAAUCAUCCAAAUAAAUCUCUUUAUGAAAUAGAAAUGUGUCCUGCUAAACUGAAAAGAGAAUAAAGAAUAAAGAGAGUGUCCAGGUUGCAGGGGGUGUCCAACUUUCAUCACUCUUACGGCUGUCAAGUAUUUGUGUUUUAUUUCCGACUGGCAACAUGUCAGUUGCACACUACUUUAUGUGCCAAGCACAUCUCCACUCAAACAGUGUGGUCGUCU